CACACCUUCAUUGUCCUUCUAGUUGAAGUACAGACAUACACACAAAGAGGUGAAAGACCGGCGGUGGGGGGUGUGUAUGUAGGCAGUCAGAGUCCACUUGUAAAAUCAUCAGUCCUCAGGUGUGGAGCAAGUUCCUUGGUUUGUUCAGAAUCCGUCUCACCCACCUCACCUGUCUCUCCUCACCUGGCAGUGGACGGGCUGAGCUAAACAGCAUGGAGGCAAGAAAAGAGAAACAAGAAGAGACAACAUCAAACAGAACAUUUCUGGUAGAUCAUAACGAUGAUCAGAGUAGAACCACCAGCAGGAUGACGUCCACAAUCACAGAAAAUAAUGCUGAAGCUUCUGGAAAUACUUCAACAACAAACACAAGUCUCUCUGCAUCCCAUGAGGAUCAACCAGAAGACAAGGAAGCAAGAGGACACAAUGUUGCCUUGGCGAUGACAGAUGGCGACCCAGCAGUAAGAGACGACCAACAGGUGUUUGAAUUCCAUCCAGGAACUGAGGAAUCUGAGUCAGAGAACAAAUCAUUGUCUCUAAGCAACAGCAGACCAGCUCCUCCCAGCUGUCUGGCUCUGUCCGGGCCCCGGCCCAUGAAGAAGAAGGUUCUAACAGCUCCAGAGCUCAGUUUGUCUUUAGGUGGAAGCAUGUCGAUGGCCUCUGAUGACUUCCCCUCGGGCCUCCUCUCCCCGUCACCUGAAGAUGCAGACGCAGACGACGCUGGACUUGAUAUCGACUUGGAUGCCAUAGAGACACCAUCUGACAGCGAAUCACUGCACUUCCCCAUCUAUGACUUGGACCUUGAAGAUGAUCUGCAACGUCUCGGUGUGGCGUCCCAUCACCACAGACGGACGGGCUCCAGGUCCAGGUCCAGGUCAGGCUCUCAAAGUGGUUCUCUACCAGGGACUGACCAGAGUGGACUGGGAGCUAUGGACAGAGAGGAUGUGGUGGAUGCCGAGGGCACCAGGUGGCGCUGCUUCUCCACAGGCGACCCUCCGCAGGAGUCUCGAGUCAACAUGAGCGUCCUGGAGCCCUUCCUCAGGGUGCUGUCACAUGGAGGUUACUAUGGAGACGGGAUGAAUGACAUCAUUGUGUUUUCCUCCUGUUACCUGCCAGAGAACACCUUGGAGAAUUAUCAAUAUGUGAUGGACAACCUGUUCAGGUUCAUUGUUGGGACUCUAGAGCUGAUGGUAGCAGAGAAUUAUGUGAUUGUGUAUCUUUGUGCCGGAGGUCAGAAGGAAAAACUUCCAAGAAUCAGUUGGUUGAAAGAGUGUUACACCACCAUCGACAGGAGAUUGAGGAAGAACCUGAAGAGUUUUUAUGUGGUUCAUCCCACCUGGUACAUCAAAGUUGUCAUUACGAUCAUCAAACCCUUCAUCAGCACAAAGUUCAGCAGGAAGCUUCAGUUCGUCAAUGGACUUCAGCAACUUUCUCACUUCAUCCCUACUGAGCAUGUGCAGAUCCCGGACUGUGUUAAAGUGUAUGACCAGAACCUGUCCAGGUGAAGCUUGGGGGUCACAGCAGAGUGAGAACGCUGGAAAUAUUCCUCUUUCUGAUAUUUAUCAGCUGCCAGUUAAGGACAUAUCGCUGUCAUCAAAAAGCACCCCGGCAGUAUCGGGUGGUGGUGAAGAACAAUCAGUAUCAACAAGAGUUUUGAUCUUGUAAACAGUGUUGGUGGAGUCUUUAGUUCCAGAUAUUUAAAUUUAAAGAUAAAUUAACUUAUAUGCCAUGUUAAAGCAAAAAAACGUGAACCAGGAGACUUCAAUGAUUUCCAAUUACUCCAAUUUUUAAUAGAAAUAAUUAAGCCGAUAUUUUUGUUUGAUUUUUUAAGUGUCAAACAUUUACAGUUAGUUUAUGAGAAUGUUCCAUUUUAAUCAAAAAUGAAAAAGCACAAAGAGUAUUUGUCAUAGAAAUUCUGUGCAUUUUAGUACCAAAACAUUUAAUUAAGAGUCAAAUGUGAGGAUCUAAUUUUUACAUUACAGACUUGUCAUCUCCUGAAACAAUUUUGUGAUUAUUUACACAAAUAAAAGCUAGAAUUCUUUAAAGUGUCCAAAAUAAUUAAAAAUGCGCACAUUUCCUAAAUAUGUUGCAAAGUGGUGAAGGUUUUUAAAACUAGCCUCUUGUUUGCACUUUUAGUCAUGCUUGCUCUUUCCUGUUUGUGAAUUUGAUGUUUGAAUUUGCUAUAGCCUUGAUUUAAUUCUUGAUGUUUAUCUAAUUUUGUCUAGUUUUAGGAAUGAUUGCACAUUAGAGCUUUUGUAAAGAAAAUGGGGGGGGGGGGGGGGGGGUAAAGUUGCAAGUGUUUUGUUAUUGAUUCAGUCUCAUGGAUGUGGUGUAUUUGUAUGACAACACCUACAUUUGCAAGAAAAACUUCAGAUUUUCUGUACUAAAAGCUUGCACUUAUGAGAAUAAAGCUGGGAAAAUACUAAAAUAAAGAUUGAAAACUGCAAGAAAACAGAAAAAAUACAUUUAUCUGAAAAAAAUCACAGAAAGUUACUGAGAUUGUUCAGUUCUGAAUUUGAUGAGAAAAAAAGGUUAAAAUUCUCAGGUAAAAAAAAUUUAAUAAAUUCACAACUUUAUGUAAAACAAAAUUACCACAAACAGGAAAGAACCUUUUCUUGCAUUUUGUGACAACACACUAUUGUGACUCCAGAGGGCGCUGUUGCCCCUGAAAAACAUCACUUGCUCAUGAAGAAGUAUUUGCUUAAAACAGUAAAUGGUGGGGGAAAACCCAAAUCA